ACAUCCGACCAUUUUAACUUCCACGUAGUGAAAAUAAAAUAUGUAACCUGGUUGUCUGAAGUUUUCUAAGCCUUGGUCAUCACUGAUUUGUGUCAGAAAAAUUUUUAAAUAUUCUAGUAAAGUAAAAUUAAUUAUAUAAAAAAUAAACCAUGGUGGUGGUUACCAAUUCCGCGUAUAAUCCAUCGGAAAAUGAGGAAUCAAAUCAAAAAGAAGAACGAGUUUUUACAUUAGAAAUUUUAAAAAUAAUAAAAGACGCUCAGCAGCAACACGGUCUUCGUCAUGGAGACUAUCAGCGUUAUCGAGGCUACUGUUCACGUCGUCUUCGUAGACUACGAAAAGUCCUUAAGGUACCGCAGGGUGAUCGCAGACACUUUAAACGAAAAGACGUGACUGCUGCGAUGGUACACGAUGACAAGUUCCUCCAGGUGCCGCUGACGAUGGCCGAACGGGCUUGGAGUUAUGCUUUGCAGUUGAGGAUUGAAUCAAAUACUGAGCCGAGAAAGAAGUUUCAUUUGAUAUCUAGGCUACGCAAGGCAACUACUUACGCUCUGCAGCUUCAGGAAUUAAUUGAGAACGUCAAUUGUGAUGCGAGAACUAAACUAGAAGCCCAAGCAUACGUCGCUUGGAUGCAAGGAUCACUGCAGUUUGAGCUGCAGCUGUGGAAAGACGCGAUGACGAACUUGAAAAAAGCUCAGGUAGUUUACGGAGAGCUGGCAUCUGCUUUGCCAGAGUCUGAGCAAACUAUUUACAAAUCUCGAGUCGAAGAACUGGCUCCGAGUUUGAGAUACUGCGCUUACAAUGUAGGCGACGAGUCAGCAAUUGAUGAUCUCAUGCAGAUGCGGGGCCAGCUGAGCAGCGAUUUGUUGAUGAACUUGGACACACUGAUCGCCCAGACGCAGGUCAAAAAAACUAACGUUGAAGAAACUAUUUGGCGCGGAAAAUCCUGCGGAGUUGUGCCAUCUCGUGCUACAGGUCUGUUAAUCGCUGAUUCGCAACUGACUCAGACUCUUGCUAAAACUCAAAACCAUCAGUCCAAGAUCGAGCUGCUCGAAGCUCAUCUGAUUGACUGCAAAGACGUACUGGCAUUUGUCCGUGAGGUCUUUAAAAACGAGCUGAAGAACAAAGAUGACAAGUCACCAGCCCAGCAUUUGGUUGCUUAUUUGCAAUACGUCAAACUAUCACGCACUUUGGAGAGAAAUCUCGCGCUGGUAAAAAAUGCAGAAGCUUCUGAUAGAGCCAAACCUCAGGACAUCGUCAGACUUUAUGAAGCUGUGCUGCAUAAUCUGCUGGAAAUGUCACAGCUUUUGGACGACGAAGAGUAUCAACGCGAGCAGGAAGCUAAGACCAAGGGUUACCGUGCUUUCAGAUGCUACUACAUGGCCCAGUCGAUGGCCAAUCUCCAGAUGUGGCGAGAAGCCGUUGCUCUUUAUCAGCGAUCACUUCGGCACGCUCAGGACGCCUUGAAAGACAGCUCACGUCUACCCGAAGACUUGAAAAGUGAACUCGCCAAGUUGGAGAGUUCUGUUGAAGGGGCUCAGUGUGCUGUCCAUGCUCACAGUAUUCUUCAGGACGAAAAAGAUGAACCCGGUGCUGUUAAACAAACUAAAAGCAAGAAGCCACUUUACGAAAGAUUACACGAGUACCGCGAGGACCCAUCACUUCUUACAAAACAACCCAAUGUUUAUAAUCUUCCACCCCCGAUGAAAAGCAUUCCCUGCAAACCUCUGUUCUUUGAUCUUGCAUUUAAUAUGGUCGAGUUUCCAGAUCUGUCAGAUAAAAUGGGUGACCAAGGUAAAAAAGGACAAGCUGGACUCACUGGAUUCGUCAAAGGUCUUUGGGGUUGGGGUAACAAAUAAUUGUUGCACAUCCAUUCACAUAUUUUUACUUGGGUAUCAAAGAUAUAUUUAUAAUAAUUAUAUGUAUCUCUAAAAAAUAUAUAUCGAAAAUUAUUGUA